UUAGAGAAAGAGAGAUUGGGUGGGUGGCGUUCUACUCUUGGUUUAGCAAAACAAGCUGGUUUGGUGAAUUGAACUGAUAAAUAUUUACAAAACUUUAAUACAACGAAGCAUUUUGUGUACGUCGCAUAGACAAAUAGUUCCCCUUUUCUGGAGCGAUUGGUGUGUGCAUGCGCAUAGCUGCAGCAUACUAAGUAAAAAAAAACUUAUUUUAUAAAACUUUGUGUAGAAGGAGACAAUCGUGUUCGUUCCAUGUUUUGUUUGACCAGUUAUUGAAGUAUUGUGCAGUACUUCUCUUUGUUGUUAAAUAUCGCGCUAGGUUAAACCUAGCAUUGCCAAUGACUGUCAGACUAUCUCGGGUUUUACUUCGUUAUUGAUCGAUAAUGCCCCAAGACGCCCCCGAAGAAGACACUGAUCACCGCCCUUUGGUGAGAUCUUUGGAUACUCGGAUACGCUCCAAUGUGGUAUUUUGUAACCGGAGCCCACGAGUUGUCCGACCCGUGUGGAUCAAUUACAGAGGGAAGGCUCAUCCUUACGAAAACAUACAACCAGGAACAGGGAGACGAAUGACGACGUAUGUAGGGCAUCCUUGGAUGUUCAGAGACGCAGAAACAGAUGAGCCACUCAUUGUGAACGGAAAAGAGUUGUUUCUUCCAAAACCCCAGGAACAUUCCCAGCCGUCUUUUGUAAAUAUCACACUACCUGUCUUCACUCUUAAAGAAAGGUGCUUACAGAUAAUCCGCCGUCUUGUGAGGCCUGAAGACUUUAGGAAGCUGGAGAUCGCAAGGAGUCUCCAUGAAGAUCUAGAGGAUUGGCCCAGUGUAGAGAAGGACAUUCAGAAGAUUGCCUGCCGUGUGGCACAGAGAUUGCAGGAGGAGAGAGAAGCUCAACAACCUUAGACGCUGGGCUCGGAAAAAAUGUUUUUUGGCCAGUACUUAUACAGUAUAUGCUUUGACCAGAAUGCUUAGUGACAUAAAAGAACACUCUGGAGGAAGGAGAUGUCAGAACUGUAGAUAAGUGAUGGUAUUCAAAAGUAAGAAACAUCUGGUGGAAGGGGGUUUGGAAGCAUUUGGUUCUUUUAACAGUGCUUAUUAUCUUCUGUUUCUCUUUUCCUAAGCUUUAACCUUGGAAGGUUUCUAUAUGUAACUGUUCAAUUGAAUCCAUCAGUAUCUUAAAGGUUUAAGAAUCCUUUGGAUAUAUUGCUUGAGUUAUCCUCAGGAACUGAAUCUGAACUGGCCCCUCAAGGUUAUAGUCUAGUGUUUUUCCUGUUGUGCACAUAUAGAUACAAAGAAAUCACAGCACGCCUUUUCUUUAUUUAAAGUGAAGCAUUUAUACUGAAUUUGUGCUUGCUGACUAUAUUGUGUAUUGCAGUGUAACCAUCAUAAAAUCAUAUCUGGUUCAAGAAUGAGUUAUAAAUAUCCUCAACAACCUGGAAAUCCCAGUGUUUUAUUUGGAAAAAUUUAUGAUUUCUUCUGUAUAUUUCUUAUGACUUCUUUUAUCCCUGUGAUUCUGAAACUAUGCAUGUCAAGAUGUUUAGAAAUAUAAUUCCGGCUGUAACAAAUGAGGUUCAGUAUAUGUCCUCAAAGCAUAUACAGCAUUAUCUUGAAUGGUCCACAGUGUGGCAGAGAAGAGCACAUUUUGUGGACACCGCACUCAGCAUUGUCUGAGAGGAACGCAAUGUGCCUUUUUAUUAACCUUCUAGACUUGUCUUCAGAGCAGUUUUGUUGGAUGAAAUCCCUUGCAGCCGAUUCUGAGGAAUGUAACCUCUUGGAAGUGAGUGAAAAGUUCAGCACUAGACCUGGGGUUCUGUUUGUGUGCAGUUUGUGUGAGUUACCACAGGGUGCUCCAGUUUCCACAGUCCAAAGACAUACUGGUAGUUUAUCUGGCUCCUGGGAAAAUUAGCCCUGGUGAGUGUGGUAUGUGUGUCUUUUGUGCCCUGUGAUGGACUGGCUUCCCAUCCUGGGUGCUUCCUACCUUGUGCCUGCUGCUUGCAGGGAUAGCCUGUGGCUUACCUGCGGCCCUGAAUGAGAUGAAGUAAUUAGAAAAAGGAUGAAUGUUUAAAUGGAUGUAAGUGAGUGACAGGCUUUUUAAGGUGAUGUAGCUUCUAAAAUCUUACACUGCAGUUGUAACAUAGUCCUUGCACAGCUAGAACCAGCUGUAGUUUGUCCCGUUUCAACUUACGAUGUACUGUAUUACUCUUUCAAUUUAAAGCCUCCAUUAUUUUAUACAAACCUAUCAAAAUUAUUUAAGAACUUUGUAACCAGUUUGAGCUACAUUUUUUGCUUUGGUCCAACAAUAAAUCAGUUGCGUGAAUGAAAGCUCAACUGUUUUUUUCUCUGUCCAGAUAUGUUUUUUUUUUCUUUUAUCUGGCUGCUAGCAUUUAAAGAGUAUGUCAGUAUGUCAGGUUAAAAAAAAGUUCAGCUUAUUUCACUGUGCCUUUUGUUUAAUGCAUUAAAGUGAAAUUGCUAAAGGAAA